UCCGGGCCUCGCAGCCCCACUCGAGCGUCCUCAGCACCGAGGGCUCGCGGGUCCUGAGGGGAGGAGGCUAGCCAGGGGCCGGGCACUGAGCUCUUUGGCGCCCCCACCCCCGUUUUCGGAGCCCUCCACGCUGCGGCCGCUGUCCCCUCCGGACCAUGGCCGACGACGACGUGCUGUUCGAGGAUGUGUACGAGCUCUGCGAGGUGAUCGGCAAGGGUCCCUUCAGUGUUGUACGACGAUGUAUCAACAGAGAAACUGGGCAACAAUUUGCUGUAAAAAUUGUUGAUGUAGCCAAGUUCACAUCAAGUCCAGGGUUAAGUACAGAAGGUAAGAGAUGGAUUUCAAAUCUAAAGCGGGAAGCCAGUAUCUGUCAUAUGCUGAAACAUCCUCACAUUGUAGAGUUAUUGGAGACAUAUAGCUCAGAUGGAAUGCUUUACAUGGUUUUUGAAUUUAUGGAUGGAGCAGAUCUGUGCUUUGAAAUCGUAAAGCGAGCUGAUGCUGGUUUUGUAUACAGUGAAGCUGUAGCCAGUCAUUACAUGAGACAGAUACUGGAAGCUCUACGCUAUUGUCAUGAUAAUAACAUAAUUCACAGGGAUGUGAAGCCCCACUGUGUUCUCCUCGCCUCAAAGGAAAACUCGGCACCUGUUAAGCUUGGGGGCUUUGGGGUAGCUAUUCAAUUAGGGGAGUCUGGACUUGUAGCUGGAGGUCGCGUUGGAACACCUCAUUUUAUGGCCCCAGAAGUCGUCAAAAGAGAGCCUUAUGGAAAACCUGUAGAUGUCUGGGGUUGUGGCGUGAUCCUUUUUAUCCUGCUAAGUGGUUGCUUGCCUUUUUAUGGAACCAAGGAAAGAUUGUUUGAAGGCAUUAUUAAAGGAAAAUAUAAGAUGAAUCCAAGGCAGUGGAGCCAUAUCUCUGAAAGUGCCAAAGACCUAGUCCGUCGCAUGCUGAUGCUGGAUCCAGCCGAAAGGAUCACUGUUUAUGAAGCACUGAAUCACCCCUGGCUUAAGGAGCGGGAUCGUUAUGCCUACAAGAUUCAUCUUCCAGAAACAGUAGAGCAACUGAGGAAAUUCAAUGCAAGGAGGAAACUAAAGGGUGCAGUGCUAGCGGCUGUGUCAAGUCACAAAUUCAACUCAUUCUAUGGGGAUCCCCCUGAAGAGUUGCCAGAUUUUUCCGAAGACCCUACCUCCUCAGGACUUCUAGCAGCAGAAAGAGCGGUCUCGCAGGUGCUGGACAGCCUGGAAGAAAUUCACGCACUUACAGACUGCAGUGAAAAGGACUUAGAUUUUCUACACAGUGUUUUCCAGGAUCAGCAUCUUCACACACUACUAGAUCUGUAUGACAAAAUUAACACAAAGUCUUCACCACAAAUCAGGAAUCCUCCGAGUGAUGCAGUACAGAGAGCCAAAGAGGUAUUGGAAGAAAUUUCAUGUUACCCUGAGAACAAUGAUGCAAAGGAACUAAAGCGUAUUUUAACACAACCUCAUUUCAUGGCCUUACUUCAGACUCACGAUGUGGUGGCACAUGAAGUUUACAGCGAUGAAGCAUUGAGGGUCACACCUCCUCCCACCUCUCCCUAUUUAAAUGGUGAUUCUCCAGAAAGCGCCAACGGAGAUAUGGAUAUGGAGAAUGUGACCAGAGUCCGCCUGGUCCAGUUCCAGAAGAACACAGAUGAGCCCAUGGGAAUCACUUUAAAAAUGAAUGAGCUAAAUCAUUGUAUUGUUGCAAGAAUUAUGCACGGGGGCAUGAUUCACAGGCAAGGUACACUUCAUGUCGGUGAUGAAAUUCGAGAAAUUAAUGGCAUCAGUGUGGCUAACCAAACAGUGGAACAGCUGCAAAAAAUGCUUCGGGAAAUGCGGGGGAGUAUCACCUUCAAGAUCGUGCCAAGCUACCGCACUCAGUCAUCGUCCUGUGAGAGAGAUUCCCCCUCCACUUCCAGGCAGUCCCCAGCUAAUGGUCAUAGCAGCACUAACAAUUCUGUUUCGGACUUGCCAUCAACUACCCAACCAAAAGGACGACAGAUCUAUGUAAGAGCACAAUUUGAAUAUGAUCCAGCCAAGGAUGACCUCAUCCCCUGCAAAGAAGCUGGCAUUCGAUUCAGAGUUGGUGACAUUAUCCAGAUUAUUAGUAAGGACGAUCACAACUGGUGGCAGGGUAAACUGGAAAACUCCAAAAAUGGAACUGCAGGUCUCAUUCCUUCUCCUGAACUUCAGGAAUGGCGAGUCGCUUGCAUCGCCAUGGAGAAAACCAAACAGGAGCAGCAGGCCAGCUGUACUUGGUUCGGCAAGAAAAAGAAGCAGUACAAAGAUAAAUACUUGGCAAAGCACAAUGCAGUGUUUGAUCAAUUAGAUCUUGUUACAUAUGAAGAAGUAGUAAAACUGCCAGCAUUCAAAAGGAAAACACUAGUCUUAUUAGGUGCGCAUGGUGUUGGGAGAAGACACAUAAAAAACACCCUCAUCACAAAGCACCCAGACCGGUUUGCAUACCCUAUUCCACAUACAACCAGGCCUCCAAAGAAAGAUGAAGAAAAUGGAAAGAAUUACUACUUUGUAUCUCAUGACCAAAUGAUGCAAGACAUCUCUAAUAACGAGUACCUGGAGUACGGCAGCCACGAGGAUGCGAUGUACGGGACGAAACUGGAGACCAUCCGCAAGAUCCACGAGCAGGGGCUGAUUGCAAUCCUGGACGUGGAGCCUCAGGCGCUGAAGGUUCUGAGAACCGCCGAGUUUGCACCUUUUGUCGUUUUCAUCGCUGCGCCCACCAUCACUCCGGGUCUCAACGAGGAUGAGUCUCUCCAGCGCCUGCAGAAGGAGUCCGAUAUCCUGCAGAGAACAUACGCACACUACUUCGAUCUCACAAUUAUCAACAAUGAAAUUGAUGAAACAAUCAGACACCUGGAGGAAGCCGUUGAGCUCGUGUGCACAGCCCCGCAGUGGGUCCCGGUCUCCUGGGUCUAUUAAGCCUCUCCCCAGUGUCUGACGCCUACCCCGGAGCCACCUCAUCCGUGGAAAAGCCUCUUUGUUAUCGGCCUUGUGUCAGCAGGUCAUGGUCCCUAGAGACUACCUAGUUGUAGUGUGACCUCCCAUUUAUAAUUAUUGUCAUGUCCGAAUAGAUAGGAGGAGAAAAACAAUUACACACUAAUUUAAAGAGACAGUAUCUUUUUUAAUCAGUUCUCCUAAACUUUAAUAAAAUGUAUCUUUAAAUGUAUGUAUUAUUCAAUCCUUUGGAAUGUUAUAUUUUUGGAAAUCAUAGCUUUUUAUUUCCAAGGCCCCUAAAAACUGCACAAAAUAGAUGCUGCUUUCUAUAAUCUAUUUUAAUAAUAAACAAUGAUUCUGUUACCUUGACUGGGGGUGGAACACUACAUUCUUUUUAGAGUCUGAUUUUAUGGAUUGGAAUAUCUUUCUUUCCUUUAUUUAUUUGAAAUAAUCAGUCUAGUGAUUACAAAACAGUCAUAAAUUUUUAAAGGCCUUUUUUUUUUUUUUAGACUAGUAUUUUUUUUUAAGUCCUUUAUGUAACAUCCAGAUAAUGUGAUACUGUCUCUUUGAAGCACCCUGUAAACCUUUUAGAGAUUUGAAGUUGGGUCUUGACUCUUAAUGCAUGUGGACAGUCGCGAGCGUUUAUGCUGUCGGUGUGUCUGUGUUGGACAAAACAAUCUGUAAUCUACAGCAAAGUACAUUCCGUUCACGGGGCACACCCAGGGGAAUAAGAAUAAAAUGCUAUUAUGACUAAGUUGUAAACCUAUGCACAUCCCUUGCAUUUCGGGCAACUUUAUAAAAAAAACUGAUUUUUAUUAAUAUUCAUGUAGUGAAAUGUGUUUGUAAUUUUGUCUCAAUUUAAUUUGUUGUAAGGUGGGAGGGGGAGUUGCUGGUUUCACCAUUUCAGAUCUGUGUUGUCUGAGAGUAUUAACGUUUUAAUUAAGCAAAGAAAUGAGGAUUUUUAAUAUGUAUGUAAUUGUUUUAAAGCACCCAUUUUAAGAGAAUAUACUGUGCAAUGAAGAAACCAGUUUAGGCAUUUGCUAUAAACUGAAUUAUUCCAAAAGAAUAAUCUAUAACAGCCCUGUAAAUUCCUUUAAAAUGAUAACAGGACAGUUUGACCAAUUUUUUUUUAAAUAUACUUCCUUUUAUGUGUUCAAUAAUUAAAUGCCUUUGGGUCCUUCAUUUCAUUAUAGAUUAGAUUUGUUCAGGUUUACAAGCCGAUGAUCUUUUAGAUUUUAUAAUUCGUUAGAUGCUCACUGAACCACGGAAGGCCCAGUCGUGACCGUCAGUUGGCAGGACAACACCGUUCUCUGCCGGAGCACAGCUCGGACAGCGUCUGGCUCACAGAGCGCAGUGCGCCCGACGGCCGCCCGUGUGCUGGAGGCCGUCUGUGGUUGCUCCUUCCUCUUGCUGUCUCCCUUGGCACAGGCGAAUCAUCUGUCCUUGUUGCUUUAGAGACAUUAACCAUCUCAUCGCCCUUCCACGAGGUCCCGUUCUUCCAAUCCAGGAGAUGCAGGCUGGGGUUUUCCAACUCUUGGCCAGAGGUCAGUGGAAGAUUCUUCAGGAGAGUGUCAGGGUGUGAAGUGGUUCUGGUAACCUGGGAUCCUUGAGAAAAUACCAUCCUGGUCGCUUCUUGUCGGUUAGAUGGCCUCAUCGCUUUAUGCCUCGGCAGGGUGCGCAGGGCGCGUUCUGAGCAGCGCAGCUCGUCUUGAAGGACCGCGCACAGAAGACAGUCGUAGACCCCUUGUCAGGUGUCCCCCUCCUGUCCCACCAGCUCUUCUUAAACGGUGAUUUUUUUCCCCCUCUCUGAUGUUGUCCCUUGUCAGUGACGGAUGAGUUUGCAACUUAGCAGGUGUUGAGUGCCCAGCUUCUGUUGAAGCCCCACAGCAGGGGGGACCAAACGCCAAGCCAGAGACACCCUGGAUGGAGAAGGGCAACCCCAAGAGUUGUCUGGAGCUGUGUUAGGAUUGGUUCAAAUCUAAUCAACACCAAGGCCAGGCAGUCAUUCCCGUGAUGGUACUGGCCACAAUCUGGGCUCUUCUCGGUGUGAAAGUGCCCGCUCUACCUCUCUUCCAAUGAAGCACAAAGAAAAAUACAGCUAACACACGGGGAACUCCAGCUCCCUCCCUCUGCUAGAAACACCCACACCCCCUCUCAGGCCCUCGGAGGCCACAUCUCUCUCAAGCCACGUUGACAGAGCUGGGCCAAGCAGAGAGCAAAGCAACGCCAGUUUCAAAGUCUGCGGCCCCAGGAUUGAGAAGCACUUAGCGCUCGUCCUCUCUUCUCGGAGGCACCCGGGCAGGCGCUGCUCUCGCCGCUGUGCGGAUGGCAAAACCCCUGCACCCAGUGCUCACUCUGGCCGAACUUCUCAAAGAGGUCAUCCGCUCCACUCGUACAGGCCCUUCUCGAAAGCAAUGUCUUUAUGACCCACCAGGAAAUACUUAAAUUCAGAGUCAUUUCCAUACAAAACUGCCGUUGCUACAUUACAAUCAUCCACUAAGCAACCAGAGAAAAUUACUAAAAAGCUUCUUCACUGCUUCCGUUCCAUCAGCAGAACCAUUUUCCCCCCGUUUUAAAGACCAGAGCAAAUGAUUACAAUUAUUAAAUCUUAUCACUGGUCAAUUAAGCCAUAUUCCGGAGGGUUCCCACCCAGCCCCACCCCCCACAGCCAAAAUGGGGUGUUAAUAUGCGGAAUCAUUGGUUAUGGAGAAGUGUCCUGAUUUUUUUUAAUAAGGUAGUAGUUACUUUGCACGUGCAGCAUAUUCCAUUUUAACACUAAAAAGAAAAUGUCAAUUCAUCUGGACGUUUUCCCAGUGUCAAGAUAAUAUGGUAGCUUUUUAAAACGCAAUUAAAUGUAUCUCCUGUCAGAUGAGGCGGUUUAAAAUAUUUGCUCAGAGAAGAAAAGAAAUGGGUGACCUACUUCUUGCUAUUUGCAUUCAGAAGGCCUCUUCUGAGCCCAUCCUACUGGUGGCGGGUGACCUCAAGAGCCCGCGCUGCACGAAGGACCCAGCAGGUGCAUCUCUUCCCGCGUCCAGCCCCAUGUCGCCGCCUGGGCGGCCGGCUGGCUGUGGCCUCGAUGCCCCUGUGAUCUUGUGAAAGCUUCUGGUCUCAUUAUUGCAGAGGAGAGUUCUCGUUGCUUUUCAAAGCACUUGUAGUUACCUGUUCAUUAAGACUUCGAAUUCAUUCCUUGAAAAAGUUUAGUCAGUGGAGCCACCCCCGGGGGAACGGGACAGCACCGAUGCCCAGAGUGGACGCUGCCCCUUAGGGACAGGGAGCCCAAAAGCAAACUCUCAUCUCCCACCGAUGUGCUGUCCUUUUGUUCGUUCCAGGCCCAUCUCUUGGGACUAAGAGAACGUGCUGCCAAUGCUAGCAAGAGGAUUUUCUCAUUAAUGAAUUCUAUUUAUAACGCCUCCCACGCAGCCCCCCUUGGAAAGGGAAGGCACCUGGCAAUCGACAUUCCAAAACGAGCCGCUUGCGGGCCCCAGCCCUCCUCCUCCUCCUCCCUUCCUAUCAUUAAACAGACGUGUGUGUUGGGGGCAGGGCAGGAGUUUGUUUUUCCAGAACUAAACACAGCUUCCCAAUUCCAUCCUCUUCACAAGGGCUGAAGAUGCGGAGGCUGAUUACAGCCUGUCUAGACUAAAGGUCCCUGAGCGCCUUUCUCUUGUCCUGCGCCUCUAAUUCUCCUCUUGGAAAGGCUUCUGCUCCUUGAUGCAGCUUGCAGAAGGGCUACAAGCUUUCCUCGCGCAUCGUUUCAGUUGGUAGAACGCUUCCUUUUCUUACCCCUUCAGAAUAAGGUUUUCCUCUCCAUUUGCCGCCUGUGGUUAAGGGACGGUGCCCAUCAGGCGUCUACUGCUCCAUUGGCUUGGCCGCCGCUCCCUAUCGCUUUGCCUUAAACUUGGAGUUCUCGGAAGCCUCGGGUCCUCGGGCUUCGUGAGGGAAGCGCGUCCAGGGAGCGGGAGGCAGGAAGACCAAGGGCAAGUUCGCUGGUCCCCACCCCUAUCAUCCGCUCCUUUCUCUGCCGCUCUCGGGAUGCGGAAGGUGGGCAGACCCAGCCCGCAGGGGGUGGGGGGGGACGGCCCCGCCAUCUCCAGGACAGGCCCCGCCAGUCUUAGACCUUCGGAGGCAGAAAAAAUCCAGAGCGCCCCCCCCCCACCUCUCACCUGACCCUCCAUCAACUCUCUUGAACCUGUGCAAAUGGACUGAGCAAAAGAAAAUGGAAAGUGACGUUUGUCACCACACCGGAGUCCUCGUUUCUGGCCCCAAGCACAACUCCGUACCGAGUUGUGCUCGGAGAGCCGAGGUGCGGUCCCUCCUCUCGGGCCCACGGCCAAGGCAACGUGCCCGCACCCCGCGCCAGACAGGCCUGGGGCUGACCGGCUCGGGGCGCAGGGAGUUCCGCCUGGGAGCAGAAAGGGGCGCUCCUCCUCAGUGGGUGGCCCCGCCUACCGUUUUCAUUUUGAAGAGACCAAGAACUGGGGGAACGGACUUCCAGUCUCAGCUGUGUCCUGGAAUGACGCCUGGGCGGGCGGGGGGGAGGGGGGGAGCCAGCGGCCUGACCCACGCGGGGGCCACGCCACCCUCACGUGCCGAGGCCGCGGCACCGUGUUCAAUAUCAGUGCGGGUGUGUCGCCCUUCAAAAUCAGUUCUGGGGUUGUUCUGCAUAAAGUUUUGCCAACGUGUUCUUUUUUCUGUAUGUAUAAUUGCCUUUUUAUAAAAGGUUUUGAAGUAUUGUCUCAGUGAUAAAAAGAGAGCGAUGUUAACAGUUGUUGUAUAUUUCACCAUUUCCGGUUGUAAGUAUUUGCAGGGUACAGCAAAGCCUUAGCGCACUAGAGCAUUCGUGCAGGAGGGGUCCUUCAACACCCAGGAGGUGAGGGGAUCGGAAAGGUUCGGAUUCUCUGUAAAUGUCCCGCUUUUCUUUCUGUGUGUAUCUAUUUACAUGCCUUAGCACACGCCCUCCCGCCCUGAUCCCUCUGCCCUGUCGCCGGAGCCACCAGAGACCGCUGGCGCGCUGUCAGUUACAGUACAGCUCGAUAGAACCCUCAUCGGUUAUCUCUUGUGUGACAGGGGAGGAAGAGAAACUCCAUAGUAUUCUUUGUAGAAUAUACAUACCUGUAGGAUGCUGUGUAAUGGGAAACCAUAGAAUUGGGCUUUUGUCAUUUCAAAGUUGGAGAAAUGUAUGAAUAAAAUGUAUAAAACACGAAAA